GUCGCUGACUUGACCUGCUGUCUCUGGCCUGGUAGUUAGCCUGGCAGCUAUCGUGGCGCUCUUCUGUGGUCAUAGAAAAGCUAGUGAGCAGGCAGUGUUGUAGCUGGCUAGGUAGCGAAGUUUCUACCAAAAAGAGCCCCAGUCCACUAGUAUAAUGCUGAAGUGUAGAACGAUGUGGAGAAAGCUGGCCCCGCUCACCAGAGCCUCCUCCACUUUGUGCCGGCAAAACACAAGGAGAGCAGUGUUGAACAACGAGAGAAGUCCGGUGUUGCUUCCUCUGGCACGCAUGUCAUCAGAAGCUCCAGCAGGUGGCAACGAAAACAAAAUCUAUUUCCUCCUGGUAGGAGCAGCCUGCCUCGGGGGAGGAAUAUAUGCAUACCGUACCAUCAAAGGAGACAAAGAUAGAUAUAAUGAUCGACUUGAAGAAAUAGCUUCCAGACCAAAUAAGUCUGCCCCAGAUCAGCCAGAAACAUACCUGUCAACGGAGUCACCAGCGGAACCAGCUGCUGACACUACUGAAGAGCCCCUCGUGUUGGGCUCUGAACCUCCAGCCGGUGCGAGCGAGUCCCCCCCUGCCCCUGAGGAACACCCUGAGAGCGAGUCCCCCCUCCCCGUCGAGGAGGAGACCCUCCCUUCCCCCGCCCCAGAGGAACACCCCCCCAGUGAAACCACGGAACAGGCCUCAGACACCCCUCCUGAUGUUGAAGCUGCUGCUGUAGAAACUCCUGCAGUUUCCCCUGAAGAACCAGAACCAGACACGGCCGCAGAACCGCCCUCCUCGGAGCCCACAGAACAGUCUCCUGUAGUGGACAGCGAACCUCAGUCUGCAGCUGACAGCCCCCCUGCAGAGAGCUCUGAACCUCAGUCUGCAGCUGACAGCCCCCCUGCAGAGAGCUCUGAACCUCAGUCUGCAGCUGACAGCCCCCCUGCAGAGAGCUCUGAACCUCAGUCUGCAGCUGACAGCCCCCCUGCAGAGAGCUCUGAACCUCAGUCUGCAGCUGACAGCCCCCCUGCAGAGAGCUCUGAACCUCAGUCUGCAGCUGAGACAGAGAGUGCUCCAGCAGAAGAACCCAGCGCCACCCCUGUCUCUGAGCCCCCUGCACCCGCCCCCCUCCCGGUCCCCCCUCACGCCCCCUACCUCCUGAUUGGAGGGGGCACUGCCUCCUUCGCAGCCGCCAGGUCGAUCCGUGCCAGGGACCCAGGAGCCAGGGUGUUGAUAGUAACUGAAGAGGGGGAUCUCCCAUACAUGAGGCCCCCGCUGUCCAAGGAGCUGUGGUUCUCUGACGACCCGGGGGUGACCGACACCCUGCGCUUCAAACAGUGGAACGGGAAGGAGAGGAGUAUUUACUUCCAGCCGCCCUCAUUCUACGUCAGCCCUGAAGAGCUGGACAAGGCGGAGAAUGGAGGGGUGGCCGUGAUGACGGGGAAGAAGGUGGUGCACAUGGAUGUGAGAGGAAACAAAGUGAGACUCAGUGAUAACUCGGAGAUCUCCUACGACAAGUGUCUGAUUGCAACAGGUGGUGUGCCCAGGAACCUGCAGGUAAUAGAGAGAGCUGGAGAGGAAGUGAAUAAGAGGACCACACUUUUCAGAAAGGUGGAUGACUUUAAGGCUCUGGAGAAGGUUUCCAGAGAGAUCAAAUCCAUAACCAUCAUUGGAGGAGGGUUCCUGGGAAGUGAGCUGGCCUGUGCCCUGGGCAGGAGAUCCAGUGAAGACGGUCUGGAGGUGGUCCAGAUGUAUCCUGAGAAGGGCAACAUGGGCAAGGUGCUGCCAGAAUACCUGAGCAACUGGACCACGGAGAAAGUCAAGAGUGAGGGGGUGAGAGUGAUCACGGAGGCGCUGGUGAAGAAAGUGAGCUUUGAUGAUGGGAAGGUCCAAAUCAAACUGAAAGAUGGCCGUGUGGUGAAGACGGACCACCUGGUGGCGGCUGUGGGGCUGGAGCCCAGCACGGAGCUGGCCAAGUCAGCAGGACUGGAAGUCGACUCAGACUUCGGGGGCUACAGGGUCAACGCAGAGCUGCAGGCCAGGUCCAACAUCUGGGUGGCGGGCGACGCGGCGUGCUUCUACGACAUCAGGCUGGGCCGCAGGCGGGUGGAGCACCACGACCACGCGGUGGUCAGCGGCCGGCUGGCCGGGGAGAACAUGACCGGCGCUAACAAGCCUUAUUGGCACCAGUCCAUGUUCUGGAGCGACCUGGGGCCGGACGUGGGCUACGAGGCCAUCGGCAUCGUGGACAGCAGCUUGCCCACCGUGGGCGUGUUUGCCAAGGCUACCGCCAAGGACACGCCCAGGGCUGCCGCCGAGAUGUCAGGAACUGGGAUCAGGUCUGAGAGUGAGACGGAGGCGGUGGCCAGCAGCCCUGUGGCGUCCUCCACCCCGCCCCCCGCCCCCCUGCAGCAGAAGGACGACUAUGGGAAGGGGGUGAUCUUCUACUUGCGGGACAAGGUGGUGGUCGGCAUCAUCCUGUGGAACGUCUUCAACAGGAUGCCCAUCGCCAGGAAGAUAAUCAAGGAUGGCGAGGAGCACACGGAUCUGAACGAGGUGGCCAAGCUCUUCAACAUUCACGAUGACUGAGCGCGCUCAGUGGAGACAGCCACUGAGCCAAUGAGAGGACGCCGUCUCUGCUCAUGAAGGCUUUGAACUGUCUCAGUCAUCGCCUGGCUCCCGCACACACAUCUGCAAAGAUGCAUUCAGAAAAAGAAGAAUCUUUAUGGACAUCUGCUAUUUGUACAUUUCACCGCUUGGGGGGGGGGGUUCUUUGCGUAAUUUGUUCAUUUGUUUCAGGUAUAGCUGUUUUUCGUUUUGUUUUCUAUUCAUGAUAUAGAUAUUCAAUCCGUCUCACAAGAAUGCUGCCCUGCCUCCAAAACCUUCAUGUCGCGUCCUGUGAUUCAGCAGACUGCCCCUCCUCUAAAUAGUUUUGCUCGUGGGACAGUGUCCUCGGAGAUGGGUGUUUACCCUCAGUGUGAUCAAAGCGGCUCAUCAUGGAAACGGCCGCAAUAAAGAUAUUUUUAAAGUGAAAUCA